CAAGAACGACGCACAGACGUCGCGACGAACAAACAAACCAGUAAACAUGAGUGCAAAGUUCCUUUAUCUCGCCGCUUGCGUUGCUUUCGCUAACGCGGGAAUACUUCUGGAGCACGCUCCACCAUGCCCGGAAGAAUACGGUGUCCAGGCAUAUGCGCAUCCCGAGCAGUGCGACCAAUUCUUUCUCUGCACUAACGGCACGCUCACCGUAGAGACCUGCGAGAACGGGCUUCUCUUCGACGGAAAGGGUGCAGUUCACAACCACUGCAACUAUAAUUGGGCUGUUGAUUGUGGUCACAGAACAGCGAAUUUGGAACCUCUAUCAACACCCGGAUGCGAAUACCAAUUCGGUAUUUACCCAGAUAGCCACGAGUGCUCCACUAGCUACAUUAAAUGCGCAUAUGGUGUCCCGGAACAAUUUCCCUGCACCCCAGGCUUGGUCUACGAUGAGCGCAGUCACAGCUGCAACUGGCCUGAUCUCCUCCAACCCUUCUGUAACCCCGAGGCUGUCGUUGGCUUCAAAUGCCCAUCAAAAGUACCAGCGAACACUCCAUCGGCUAAGUUCUGGCCGUUCCCCCGCUUCCCCGUACCUGGAGACUGUCACAGGCUCAUCACCUGCGUGGAGGGUCAGCCCCGUCUUAUCACCUGCGAAGAAGGAAAAGUGUUCGAUGAUCAGAACCUGACCUGUGAAGAUCCAGAGAUCGUUCCUCAUUGCGGUCGCGCGUAAUUGCCUUUCAACUGUAUUGCAAAAUGAAAACGACAACUGUCCAUAAUUUUUUUAUCUUUGAACAGAGCCUCUCUAAACUAACAAUAAGCUUUUAUUGUUAUUUAACGAAUUGCAAGAUUUGAUAAUUAAAAUCUACGCUUGAUUAAUUAAAAUUCUUAUAAAGUAUUCAAACUAUAUAAAAAACUAAAAUUACUACAAAAAUAAAAAAGAGAUAAACUUUGAUUUGAAAUGACGUACUUGCGUUUAAAUAUACUCGUACAUAGUUCGUUUUCGUUUUGUGAUGCUUUACGUAACUUAUUUACUCUGAGAUUGGAUCCUUCUCAAAUAAUACUAUUUAUUUCCCUAUAACCAACAGAAAAUAAUGAUUACAAAUUUAAACGAGCAAAUCAGUUGCCGAAUAAUUUAAAAUAACCACGUGAUAUUAGGUUACCAUAUAAUUUAUAUCUGAGACAUAAAUAUAUAUAUUUUGCAUAUUUCUGUAAAUAUACCAUUUGAGAUGUGAAAAUGUAAAUACGAGAGAGAAUAUUGAUACCAA